UGGCCGCGGAGCGGCGGCGGCGGCGGCGGCGGCGGGGGCUCGGCCGGCCGCGCGGGGCCGCCAUGGGCAACCUGUUCGGCCGCAAGAAGCAGAGCCGGGUCACCGAGCAGGACAAGGCCAUCCUGCAACUGAAGCAGCAGCGUGACAAGCUGCGGCAGUACCAGAAGAGGGUCACGCAGCAGCUGGAGAGGGAGCGGGCCCUGGCGCGGCAGCUGCUGAGGGAUGGCCGGAAGGAACGGGCCAAGCUGCUGCUCAAGAAGAAGCGGUACCGGGAGCAGCUCCUGGACCGGGCGGAGAACCAGAUCAGCAGCCUGGAGGCUAUGGUGCAGAGCAUCGAGUUCACGCAGAUCGAGAUGAAGGUGAUGGAGGGCCUGCAGGUGGGGAAUGAGUGUCUCAACAAGAUGCACCAGGUGAUGUCCAUAGAGGAAGUGGAGCGGAUCCUGGACGAGACCCAGGAGGCUGUGGAGUACCAGCGGCAAAUCGACGAGCUGCUGGCGGGGAGCUUCACGCAGGAGGACGAGGACGCCAUCCUGGAGGAGCUGGACGCCAUCACUCAGGAACAAAUAGAGCUGCCGGACAUUCCCUCGGAGCCCCUUCCAGAAAUAAACCCAGAGAAAGUGUCUGUCCGCGCCAAGUCCAAGCAGCCAGAACUGGUGGCCGCCUCAUAGCGGGACUUUUUGCUGCACUCGCAGGGUUUGAGGCCUGCCCAGGGGGCUUGGCCGCGCGGUGACCCUGAGGGCUCGGGCGGGCUGCUUCGGGCAGCGACAGGUCCAGACCGCUCCAUGGCGGCCGGUCCCUCGGCCUCCACGGCCCAGCGUCCCCGCCCCGCGCUCCGGGCCCAGCCCGCAUGGCUCACACGCGGCUCAGGCUCUUCCGUAGGGAAGGAUGCCGUGGGGCCUGGGCCUUCGCUUCCUCUGCGGUCUUUGCUGCUCACAGAGCUGGCGGCCGAAGGCGCCCAGCUUCCUCGGUGUCCUGACGUCCUCCGCGUCCCCGCAGGCUGGACACGGAGGCGCGGAGAGCGGUUCCCGGGCUUCCCGGGCUCUCGGCCCCCACCUCCCAAGGCCGACCCUGCCGCAUGCAGGACUCGCGCCACCCAGAGGAAGGAUGGCCCACGCGCAGUGCGGGACCGGCUCCCACUCCCGGAGCCCCCGAGCCCCGCGGCGGCUGCUGGGCCCCGGCCAGGACAGUGGCCCAGCGCCUGGACGGGACUCCUCCGGCCGGCCCUCACAGGCCUGUGAGCAGCAGAGGCUCCCAGGCCUCACGCACUUUUGGGGGCCUGCCAGAAGCAGGGCACCCCUUCCCCCACCCCACGCAGGCCGGCCCCUGUAUUAAAGUUGGCCCUGCACGGUC